GUGUGAGCGGUUGCUUCGGUAGCCCGCACACAGUAGCCAAACGUUUUAUUUAUAUAAAAUAGAUUGAAAAUUGACUUUUUUGGUUUAAUUAUCACAUUACAAAGGAUUUUUUGUCUUCAAGGCACCUGGAGCCAUGGGGCAGGAAGAGAGCCACAACGAGGAGAUGAAUCCAGCUCAGAUUCAGGAACUGUGCAUCAUUUUCAUGAAGGAGUGCCCGAGCGGUGCUCUACACCUCCACGAGUUGAAGCGGAUCUUCGGGGUGGCGAGCAGCUCGGAGGAGGAGUCCCUCUACAUUGAGACAAUAUUCCGCUCCUUUGACACAAACCGGGAUAACAGACUGGAUUUCCUGGAGUAUGUGGCAGCGUUGAAUCUGGUGUUGCGGGGAAACCUGGAGGACAGGCUCAAGUGGUCCUUCAAAGUGUACGACAGAGAUGGAAACGGCAGGUUGGACAAGCAGGAGGUGAAACACAUCAUACGGAUCCUUUGCAAAAUCAAGGUCCAGCGGAGUAACAUGGAUAUGACCCCGAACGAAGUCUGUGACCGAAUCUUUGAGCUGGUGGACCAGAACAAGGAUGGCCAGAUAUCUCUGACGGAGUUCAUGGAGGGAGCGCAGAAGGAUGAAUGGCUGAUGGACCUGCUCAAGCUGGACGUCAAUGCCACCGGCUGGGUCAUCCAGAACUGUUGCAAGCUGCCGUGAAGCGGCCCCCGGCUCCGGCUUGGCCCCGCUGCCACCGCCGCUGCCGUCCCCUGACAGAAAACCACAUGCCUGGGCUUUCAGAGGCUCACUUUGUCUCCGUGCCGCCUGCUGGCGACCACUUGGUCCCGGGCACGGCGCUCUGGUCCAUGGCUUUCUGUAGUUGUGGUUGUGGCUGUGGUCCUGAAUGUGUAGCCAAACACAAACACAGCUUUUAUCUUUUAUCUUCUGGAAACACAACAUGAGGUUUUCUUUCACACAAAACUCAGUUAACAUGACUUUAUAACCAUUAUUCCUUUAUUUAUAGUCACAUAAUAAUCAUAUAUAUAUUUGGCAAAACAAAACAAAUCAUAUACUUCCAAUAUAAGCAAACAAUAUAAAUUAUUAUUCAAUUCUACUUUGAAGUUUUACAUAAAACCUAUAUAAAAUCUAUGUAUGUAUAUAUCUGUAAUUACAUCACUCAUAUUUAUUACAAUUAUGUUAUUCCCUUAUUUAUUCAUUGUUAAUUAUCUAUUUAUCUAUCUAUAUAUUUAUCUAUUUAACUGAAAUUGAUAUUUAAAUUGUUUAAUAUUAAUAUUGAUAUUUGCCAUUAUAUACUUCAAACUGUAGACAGAGAGGUGCCGCUCUUGCUCAGUGCUGACCGGGGUCUAAAGAUGAUGUGUCAUAUGUUUCAAUAUAUAGCCUUUAAUAAAAUGAAAUCAUUCAGUUUUUACACUGUGAGUACAGGCGGCAUGUCUCUUUGUCCACAAGGUAAAAAUACUGAAAAUGGUUAAAUGCUUUGCAGUCAAAUAUGCAGUUUCACUGCUUGUAGUUGCAUGUAAAAAUAAGGAACUUCUGGCAGUUAAAGACAAACGUAUUUGUGGUGUAUUUGUCUGUUCCUGAAGUCUUUGGGUAAAAAA